CUAAACUACACUUCCCAUCAGGCAGUGCACAAUCAUGUGGUUCCUGUUUUGAGGACGCAUCGGGCGGUCGUCUUGCUUAUUGCAGACGCCGAGGAGCAGUGGUGUCGAUACUUGGCGUUUUCUGUGAUCAUGGCGGACGGUAAGCCGAUUCAUGUGCAGCGGUUCGAGGCUGCUGUCAAAGUCAUCCAGAGUUUACCGAAAAACGGUUCAUUUCAGCCAUCCAAUGAGAUGAUGCUCAAAUUUUAUAGUUACUACAAGCAGGCAACUAUGGGUCCUUGUAAUAUUCCUAGACCUGGGUUUUGGGAUCCAACUGGCAAAUAUAAAUGGGAUGCUUGGAAUUCUUUGGGAGAUAUGUCUAAAGAUGAUGCAAUGAUUGCUUAUGUUGAAGAAAUGAAAAAGAUUAUUGAAACAAUGCCAAUGACAGAGAAAGUGGAAGAGCUACUUCAAGUAAUUGGACCUUUUUAUGAAAUUGUAGAAGACAAGAAGAGUAGUGGAACAUCAGUCCUGACUGUAGGUCGAUUGGAAAAAGUUGCCAGGUCACUGGAAGGCCUUGACACCAUACUGAGCAUAAACCCAAACUGUAUGAAAUUAAAUGGCAAAAAAGAGAGCAGUGACAGUGGAGCAGAGUCUGACAAGGAUGGAGAGGAUGACAUGGAUGAGGAGGAGGAUGAUAAGAAAGAUGAUGAAAACUAUGAAAUACAGAUGCAGCCCAUGACAGAAGAUGAGACAAAGCAGGUGAAAAUCCUCCUUGCUAAUGGCAAUUCUGAAAAGGAUGUUCCCUUCACUGACAACAGUGAGCAUAUAAAAAAGUCAAUGCUGAAUAGUGAAAAAUCAGAAGAGAUACUUAACCAAAAGAACCAGGCACUGGAAUUUCCAGAAUUACUGGAAAUGAAUGGUCACAUAACCGAACCCAUUGAAGAUGUGGGUAACCUGCACCACUUAACAAGUGACUCUGAUAGUGAAGUAUACUGUGAUUCCAUGGAGCAAUUUGGCCAAGAUGAGUGUUCUGAAGUAUUCAUAAAUCACUCAUUCAGGCCAACUGAAGGAAAUCCAACCAAAAUCUUGUCAAAAAUCGACACGUGUAAACAUUCCUUUUGUGAGCCUGAAUUUUCCUUGAGUGUCAUACAAGGUGGAGCUGAGGGAGUAAAAUGUGGUGGCGAAGAUGGAAAGUCGGGAGGAAAUGGAGGACACCGAGAACGAAUGAUGCAAGGCAAACAUGAUUAUUCAGCUCUCAGACGUGGAGGAAGGGGUUCUAAAAUGCAAGCUUCAGAUGAAGAGGCCUGGGGCUUCCAACAAGGAAGUGGUGGUGAUGGCGAGCGCAGGGGAACAGAAAACAUAAUGAAGGGUGGCGUCCUUAAUGAACAAAUUGCUGUAACCCUCAUCAGACUGCAAGAAGACAUGCAUAGCGUGUUACUGAGGCUGAACACCCUGGAAGCGCUAUCAGCCUCUCAAGCCAGAUCACAGGCACUUUCUUCGAAUUACCACCUGCAACCUCAUGAGCAUAAGAAACCUUCCUGGUGGCCUUUUAGCCUGUCUCCUGGAAUGCUGGCAUUUGCUAUAAUUUGGCCUUUUGUUGCUCAGUGGUUGAUCCGGCAGUAUGCUCGAAGACGGCGGAGACCACUCCAGUGACUCUCGUCAGAAGUCAUGCCACUGUAGCCCCUAGCUAAAGAAGGCACAUGGACCUUGUACCUUUCGGCACUGCAGCAUUACCUAAAUGCAUGUAAAACAUUUAACUUUUGCACUACUGUGAUGGGCUGUUUGAACCGGGCAGAUCCCUCAUGAAGUGAAGUUCAGAAAAGAUCAAUGUGAUUUGUAAUUACAUGGAGCACUGCAAGGGUUUCACUUCAGAUUAGCACUGAUCCCUGUGAACUAUGCAGUCAACUCAUCGGUGAUGAAUAGAGCAUCUAAUUAAUAUUUGGCUUUGUACUAUUUAUCUAGUUUCAAUGUUGAAGAAUUUUUUUAUUCAGCUAUGCUUCUGUGUACUUUUGGCUGAAUGAAUGCUUAAAAGCUCGAUCUUAAAUUAAGGUUUGUUAAAAGCAAAGGCCUGUUUCUAUGUGCAAGACUAUAAUAACUGUAAACGGUUUCAAUUAGAAUAUGUUGAACUGCUUUUAUUAUUUCUUUAAGGGCUUAGACAUAUUUAUUUCCGAGGAAAAAAGUGAACAGUCAUUAUUAAAUAAAAUGGGCUUAAUGAUGUUUAA